UGGACGAUGAGGACACGCCAUACCUCGUGAAGCUGUCUGUGCCUCAAUCGAUGGUCACUUUGGCCGACUUCAAGGCUGUCCUAUCGCUUCCCACCGCUAACUACAAGUACUUCUUCAAGUCAUUGGAUGCCGACUUCGGUGUCGUGAAGGAGGAGAUCAUCGACGACAACACGAGACUUCCCAUAUUCAAGGGACGGGUAGUCGCGUGGGUGUCACCCCUUCCGCUCACGUCAGACAUCGAAACGACGAGUUUCGUGGACUCGGAUGACGAUGAAGACGACGACGAGCUCACGAGUCAUAUAUCGACGACAACUUACGAGACAAACAGUCGGAUAUCGACCACAACGGACGAGACGUCAGUGUCGAGGAUUCACGACAGGAGACACCGGCGCCGACGACGCAGGCAUCGCAUGCCUGUCAUGAGUCGGACCUCAUCCAUCAGUUCGAUCACCGAGAGUACAAUGUCGCUGAACAUCAUAACAGUGACCCUCAACUUGGAUACCGUCAACUUCCUCGGCAUAUCCAUCGUAGGC